CUCUCUCUUCCUCGAUUAGUAUCGAGAUAGCUCAGAGAGAUAAAGAUAUGGAAGGUCGACCGGGUUUCGCGGCUAACAGCUUGACCCGACCCUCGAUAAUUAUCGGACUCGGACCUCCCGAAGCUACUCGCCCUCCGCCCGUUCCUUCCCACGGGUCCCAGAACCUUCGAAUCUCCAAGUUCCAGAAUCGACAGAAGAGGAGAGAGAUCCACGACUGGCUCACCUUGGCGAUCGCCGAUGAUGAGAGCGAGGGUUUGGCGCGGGAUUUGAUCGGAUGGUCCGAAAGAAGACGCGUCGCGGCGCCUCGCCCCUGCCGCCGCCGACGAUGCCGAAGACCGCGGCCGCGGCGGCUGCCAAGGCGACCAUGGCCCCGGUGCCCUCUGCGCGGAGGCAGCCGGUGAUCCUGAAGCAGCCCACGCAGCCGCGGGCCCGGUGUGCGGAGAUGGCCGGGGGCACGGCGGCGGACUGCUUGGCGGUGUGCUGCUGCCCCCCCCUCGCGCUGGUGAACCUCCUGGUGGUGGCGUCGGUGCGGCUGCCGGCCGGGCUCUGCCGCCGGGCAGCGCGGGCGCGGGCGAGACGGAAGGAGAGGAUCAGGAGGCGGAAGGAGGCGGCGCUGUUGGCUCACAAGGCCGGCCGAGGAGAAGAAAGGGCGAGUUCGGCCACGACCGCCGAGGGGGAGGCGAACGGUGAGGGUUUUCGUGGGUCGGCGUCGGCGUCGGCGGCGGGGGGGCCGUCACGGGAGGAGGUGGCGGAGAUGGAGAACAUGUGGACUCAGUUCUCCAACAUGGGCUUCUGGCGAAGCCCGUCUGAAAGAGAGGAUCGACGCUAACCGUUACGAUAGCGAUUUCACCGCGUCCUCUCUUCCAACGACCAACGGCGACGCCCUUCUCUCUCUCUUAUCGACUGUUGUGGAGAUGACAUGACGAUAGUUCGAGUUUCACGUGCAGAGGAUCGUGUGUUUGUUGUGGAGAUGUCGUGACGAGUGUUCGGUUUUAAUGUGCACAGAUACGUGGUUGGAUUAUUUCAUCCUUGGCACUGUGUUUUGGCUCCAAUCUUUUACGUGAUGCCGGUGGCGAUCAGUGUAGUGAAUUAAUUAUAUUGGAGAAUGGUACGGUGAAAUUUGAUUUA